AUGGGAAAAUGGAAGACUGAAUACAAUUAUGGAAGGAAUUAUAAGGAGUGGGAGAAAGAAUUUAGUUGGCUGACGAAUAGAAGUGGAUCUUGCUACUGCAAAGUGUGCAAGUGUGCAAUUACCACCAAGAAGAAGAGCAACUUGAGCUUGCAUGAAAAGACAGAAAAACACAAGAAAGCCUCUGAGGCUGUAGUGAAGUCUGAUACCCAGUUCAUGAAAAACUUUUUCACACCUUCAGAUAAACGUGAUCCAGUGAAAAUUUUUGAAAUAAAAUAUGCUGUAGGAGUUGCUUGCCACAGCAGCAUCAGUUCAGUUGACCACUUAACUGAAAUAAUUAGUAAAUCUAGUAAAGGACACGAUUUGGGAAAAGUAAAGUUGCAUAGAACAAAGUGCACUGCUAUUCUGAAAAACAUUGUAAGUGUUUCUCUCCUGGAAGAGCUGAUCAGUGAACUGAAAACUACUAAGUAUUCUUUGCUAAUUGAUGAAUCAACUGAUGUUGCUGGCACUAAGCACCUCUGCUUGUGUGUUCGGUAUUUUAGUGAAAGACAAUCAUGUAUCAGAACAGUGUUUCUGGCACUGAUUCCUGUAACUGUAACAACAGGAGAGGCAUUAUAUGAGGCUAUAAUAAACUACCUGGAAGGUAUUAACAUUGACAUCUGCAACUGCAUUGGUUUUUCUAGUGAUGGUGCCAAUAAUGUCUGUGGGGUAAAUAAUUCAGUGCUGUCUAGACUUCGUGAGAAAGUUCCCAAGAUCAUAUUUGUGAAAUGCACAUGCCACAGCCUUGCAUUAUGCUGUGAGCAUGCCUUCAAGAAGCUGCCUGCAAAUUUAGAUUACUUGCUUUCAGAGACUGCACGUUGGUUCAAGCUUAGCUCUUUGAGGAAGGAACAAUUUAAAGACAUUUUUAAUGUAAUGAACAAUGACUACAUCCAACCUUCUAGAUUCAUCACACCAAGCAAUACACGGUGGCUAGUCAAAGGGAAGUGCAUUUAUAAUGUCCUCACACAGUGGUAUGAACUGAAAGCUUACUUCUCAGUACUUGCAGAAAAAGAAAAGAAUUAUCAUGCUCGCAUAAUUCAUGAAAUGAUAUGUGAUGAAAGGAAUUUCUUGUAUUUGACAUUUGCUCUACCUGUCAUUCAAGAUUUUGAAUCAGUUAAUGCUGCUUUUCAGGCUACUGAUCCACAGCCUUCAAAAGUGUUUGGUGAGCUGAUGCAACUACAUCGCUCACUUGCUCAAAGACUGUAUGAAGAUGAGUCAAUGAAGACUCCAGUCUCCAUGAAUAGAGUAAAGUAUGGAGAUAAAUUUCAUUAUGAGCUUUCAAAGUCAAGGUUAUCUGAAAAAGAGAAACACAGCAUCAAACAAAGGUGUUAUGAUUUUCUGCAUGAAGCCAAAAAUCAGUUAGAUAAAAGAAUAAGUAAGGAUGUUGACACCAUUGGAAACUUAAAGGAAUUUCACCCAAAGAAGUGCCUGAGUCAGCUGCGCAAGUCUUUCCCAAGUAUUUCAAGAACAUUUGCUCACCUUACUUAUGAGACUGCUGAUGCAAGUAGGAAAACUACCUUGUUACAACUUCAGUAUGAUAAACUUCCCUCUGUGGACUGGAAGCAAGAGUUUGCAGGUGAUGCAAUACCAACUGAUUCAGUCACAUUUUGGGCUUCUGUGCAAAAAUAUGAAAAUGCUGCAGGGGUAAAGUGUUUUGCAGAACUUUCCCAAAUGCUGCUGAAUGCUCAUGCACUGCCAUUAAGCAAUGCUUAUGUGGAAAGAAUAUUUUCAUAUAUAACAAGUAUCAAGUCAAAAGUAAGAAAUAGGCUCUGUUUGGGAACAAUGGAAGCUGUGUUGCGCAUAAGAAGUCAUCUUGCUGGUGUGGAAAAUUGCUGCAAGGACUUCCAAGUAACAGACAGAAUGCUCAGUUUGUUUAAUAACUCAAUGUAUACACGCCAAUCUGAUGGGCGACCCACAGAACCAUCAACAUCAGUUGGAAGUACAGGUGAAAAUUAUCUUGAGGAAGAAUGCCAAGAUAUGGAGGAAGCAAUGAAAGUCGCAUUUUAA